CUUGUCCCCGGUCCUGCAGCCGCAGCAUGUCGGAGACCGCUCCCGCCGCUCCCGCCGCCGCGCCCCCCGCGGAGAAGGCCCCGGUGAAGAAGAAGGCGGCCAAGAAGCCCGCGGGGGCGCGCCGCAAGGCGUCCGGGCCGCCCGUGUCCGAGCUCAUCACCAAGGCCGUGGCCGCCUCCAAGGAGCGCAGCGGCGUGUCCCUGGCCGCGCUCAAGAAGGCGCUGGCGGCCGCCGGCUACGACGUGGAGAAGAACAACAGCCGCAUCAAGCUGGGCCUCAAGAGCCUGGUGAGCAAGGGCACCCUGGUGCAGACCAAGGGCACCGGCGCCUCGGGCUCCUUCAAGCUCAACAAGAAGGCGGCCUCCGGGGAGGCCAAGCCCAAAGCCAAGAAGGCGGGCGCGGCCAAGCCCAAGAAGGCUGCGGGGGCGGCCAAGAAACCCAAGAAGGCGGCGGGGGCCGGCACCCCCAAGAAGAGCGCCAAGAAGACCCCGAAGAAGGCCAAGAAGCCCGCGGCGGCGGCUGCAGCCAAGAAGGUGGCCAAGAGCCCCAAGAAGGCGAAGGCCGCCAAGCCGAAGAAGGCCAAGAGCGCAGCCAAGGCCGUGAAGCCCAAGGCCGCCAAGCCCAAGGUCGCCAAGCCCAAGAAGGCUGCGCCCAAAAAGAAGUAGGCUGUUGGACGCCUGCUUCCAAAACCCACAAAGGCUCUUUUCAGAGCCACCACUGAUCUCCGAGAAAGAGCUGGGCACGGUCUCCGCCCUGGGCUUCCUCCCCCUUCACCCUGAGGCUGCAGGUGUGGGCGGCUGGUGUUCGCCCGCCGGGAAAGGGCGGCGGGGGUUCCGCGCGGCCCUCGGGCUCGGCCCCCGCGCGGCGCCGUCCCGUGCGGCCUCCGGGGCAGCCGAGCGGAAGCGCCGUCCCGAGGCGCGCGCCCGCGCCAGCCCCGCCCCGCGCCCGGCCAGCGCCAACAGCCACACACCCGGGACGCCAGCUCCUCGGCGCCGGGGACUCCCCCGAUUGGGUUGGAAAGUCGUUCAAAAGUCCCGCCCCGCUCGCGGGUUGGCCCAGCCCCCGGCCCACGCCUCGCGUCGCGUGUCUGGCCCGGCGGGGGCCCGGCCUCCUGUGCGCGCGGCGAGCGUUCCGUUUCCAGGGGUGCGCUGCGCCUCCGGCGCCGGGCGAGCGUGCCCCUGAGGGCUCGGACACCUCCGUGUGCUGGCAGGUCCCGGGGGCGCCCACAGCACCCCGCCGGGGAGGAGGGGGGGCAGGCGCCCGUGCCGCGCGCUCCCGUGGGCCAGCCCGCGCGCCGCCGCCGAGCACCGCGCCCCGAGCACCGCGCGGCCGCGGCGGCCCUGCCACCCGCGCCGCUGGACCGUCGCCCUUCCGUCCGUCGCGUCGGGUAACUUAGCGCAACGGUGUGAUGGACUGGAGUGCGUCAGAACAGCCCUUCGUCGGCCAUCUUGUCCCGGCAGCGGGCCACCGAGCGUCGUUGUAGGUAGACGUCAACAUCUAAACAGCGGAGAGGCUUGAAACUCAUUUUUGCGCGGUGCGAAGUCCCAGCGGUUUCUACGCGAGCCACGUACGGGUAAACUUGGGAACGUAUGCGUGUGUGAUGUGACGUCUCUAACGAAGGCCUUUAUGUUCACGGUGUUACCUGCGCUUCUUUCACGUUGAUGGCGUUUCUUCUGGGCAGAGGGAAGUCCAGCGUCGUGUUGGCAUUCUGGUGAAGCCAGGUUUUCCGGAGACAAUUCCGGGAAUCCGGGCUUCCGGCCCCUCAGUUUUGGGCCCGUUGCCGCAACGACCGAUGUAGUCGCUGAUCAACUUAGAUUAAUCCCCCCGUUACCGGUAGUGACCACGGAGUUCCCUCCCGUCCGCACCGCCCCUCCCAACAGAACGGGUAGUUUAAUGUUGGUUUUCAUGUAUAGGAAGACCUCCCCUUGGAGAGCACAGCGCGCAUGCGCGCGCGUAAAUGCAAAGAAAGUUUGCCCAUGGUUUCAGUAAUUUUUGUGUUGUCAAUUUCACCUUAAAAAAAAAAAAACAAUUGAAACCCCUGUAGUUUGUUACAAGGUUUAAUAAAUGCGUACAACUCUUCCAUUUCUGCCUCCCUUCUCCUCCCCACCUCACCCCCAUUUGAGAUGCCACCUUUAUCAUAGGCUAAAUUCCAAGAAAGUGGCCAAGUGGAGUAAUCCUUCGUUUUCUAUUUUGCCCCUUUGAUCUUUCUGGCCAUUUCUUCAGUGAGAGCGUACUGUUAAGUACUGUUCACUGCACUGUCUUCAGUGGUGGGAAUACAUAAUGCAUAGUAGGUGCUGAAAUAAAAAUGGAAUGUUUAAGAAA